AUGCCGCAGGGCGAGCACAUUGAGCUGCACCGCAAGCGCUAUGGGCGGCAGCUGGACCAUGAGGAGCGCACGCGCAAGAAGGAGGCGCGCAGUGUGAAGAAGCGGUCGGCCAUGGCGCAGCGGACGCUGGGCAUCAAGGGCAAGAUGCUUGCCAAGGAGCGGGCCAAGGAGAAGGCGACGAUGCGCAAGACGAUUGCGAUGCACGAGGAGCGCGACAAGCAGCACAAGGCGGACGACGGCGCCAAGGGCUCUGCGGUGCCCGCCUACCUGCUGGAGCGUGAGCAGGUUGAGCGCGCCAAGGUGCUGAGCAACACCAUCAAGCAGAAGCGCAAGGAGAAGGCGGGCAAGUGGGAGGUGCCGCUGCCCAAGGUGCGCCCGGUGGCGGAGGAGGAGAUGUUCAAGGUGAUGCGCUCGGGCAAGCGCAAGAAGAAGGAGUGGAAGCGCAUGGUCACAAAGGUGACGUUUGUGCCGCCCGGCUUCACCCGCAAGCCCCCCAAGUACGAGCGCUUCAUCCGCCCCACGGGCCUGCGCAUGACCAAGGCGCACGUCACCCACCCGGAGCUCAAGGCCACUUUCCAGCUGGAGAUCAUUGGGGUGAAGAAGAACCCCAACGGCCAGGCGUACACGGGGCUGGGGGUGAUCACCAAGGGCACCAUCAUCGAGGUGAACGUCAGCGAGCUGGGCCUGGUGACGCCCGGCGGCAAGGUGGUAUGGGGGAAGUACGCGCAAGUGACCAACAACCCCGAGAACGAUGGCUGCAUCAAUGCUGUGCUGCUGGUGUGA